AUGUUCAUGGGCAACGUGACGGACGGACGCGUGAGUGAGCCCAGUUCCAGUCCAGUCCAGAAAUCGAUGCAAAAGUUCCUCGCGGCACCAGCCGAUAGUGUGUCGGCCUGCUUGCCGAUCAGAACCAAUGGUCCCAAGACAGCAGCAGGGCCGUCGCACCGCAAGCUGCCGACCGAAAAUCAUGGACGGACGGCAGACGGGACGGGAACUGAGAGUCAGAAAACUUUAGCUGCUGGCGGUAGUCUAACUGGAAGAAGUAAAGAUAUCUCCACUGUUGGGAAAUUGGGAGAACUCCACCACAACGUUUGUAGUGCUGUUUUCUUUUCCGCAUUUCUGAGGCUUUUGGGGAUCUUCGAUCAUCAGUCCGCAACUGGUUCAUACAAGUGGAUUAAAAAUAUGUUCGGGGGAGACGGGACGGGUGAAGAGAUUUCAAAUCGAAUGCAGAGAAUGGAAGCGGCCUUCUCGAAGAACCGAACAAUCAUCGAGCUUCGGGCGAUGGGCUUGAGUCCGCUGAGGACUGAGGCUUCGGGGUUUGAGUGA